AUGCCGGGCCCGCAGCCGCCGUCUAGACAGUCUUCCGUCUCCAGCAACAAUACCGCCAUCGAUGCCGCCCUCGUAGGCGCCACCACCGCCUUCGGCAGACCAACGCCGGCCCAGCGCGGGCCUUCCAAUAUCGCAGUUGCUCGAAGCAGCAAUGAAAGUGGCCGUCAAGCUUUAGCAGCCGUGACGGCGAACUCAGGCCGGGAAUCGCAGCAAUCCCACCGCACCGCGUCUCGGUCUCCGCUUCCACCUCCGACUCGAUCGCCUGUCGGAAGUGUGAGUGGUCGCUCUCGGCAAGAGCAACCCGCGCUUGAUCUCUCAAAGAUGCCGACCCUGGCUGCACCGCAGCAGGCGGAUGCCUAUACCAAAUCGGCCUCGCAGCAGGCUGCUGUUCUAGCGGCCUCACGUGCUCGUCCGUCUACCUCUACAGUACGGCCUGCAGUGGCGCCAAAGCCGCGGAGAUUGUCCAAUUAUCAUGGACAGGCUGGUGCAAAUGAUAAACCAACGGACACGACUUCGAUCCCUCCUACGACGUCCCUGGUGGACCUCUUCGAGCAGAAGUCGAGACCUGCGUCGGGUGCUUUAGCCAAGAGACCUGAAUCCAUCGGAGCUUCCAGGUCGCCCACCGACACCCCAGUCAGGAGUCCCAAACCCAUGAGAUCCGGAAUCACUUCGAUGUUUCAGUUUGAACUCGAGGAGAGCAAACAAUUGGGCAAGUCCCAAAGCGUCAAGAACACAGACGGAGCAGAGGAUCAUGCGCCUGGGCAGGCUGAUACGCAGUCUUCGGACGACUCGUUUGCCUCUGCGUCGGAAGACUUGAACGCAGAAAGCCCGAGCGAAUUCGUUUCCACAAACGAUGUCCGGUGGGAAAGUCAGUCCCCGCAAUCAGUAGGCAGUACUCUCAAGGCGCAGAAUGAUGCAAAACGCCGGCCAUACUCUGUCUCUCCGAUGCGCAAUAACGUUUCCAAGCCAUCACAAAUCAGGCGACCCAGCACUGCUUCCCGUGACGCAUAUUCGACUUCUUCGGCAUUGUCCACCAGAAGCAUUCAGGCGCAGUACAACCAGGCUUACCCGCGAACUGGGCGUAUAACACCCCUCACGACCGGAGACCAGCUCGCCAAUGCAUUGGUUGCGUCAAGUCUCGCUUCCUCACGCGCCCCCUCUCCGACAAGACUGGAGCCACCUCCUGUGCCGACGCGGCGAAGGCACAACCCGCAUCAUCAUCACAGCGUCCUUGGCUUUUCCCGUACGCCAAGUCCUGCCAAAGGCGGCAUGCUGCACACCUUGAGACACCAGGAAGCCACAUCCGAGUCGGAGUCUGACGCCGGCCUACAUCCAUACGGCAAGCACAAGAAGAAGCGCUUGGUUCGGAAGCAUCCCAACAAGCACCACGAAGGUGACCGAAAGCGCUGGCGUGACGCUGUGACUGAGCGAGAGCGCAAGCGCUACGAAGGUGUCUGGGCUGCGAACAAGGGCAUCCACUGUUCUUUCACUGAGGGUGAGGAGCAGUUGAUUCGUCAAUUUCCAACCAGCGAACGCGUUCUUGAGAUGAAGUCCGCUACCAGCGAUCAGGUAUCAAAUGUGGUAGCUCGUGAGGUUUGGAGUCGUUCUCGGCUGCCGGAAGCUACGCUGGAAACUGUCUGGGAUCUAGUAGAUCAUGAUGCGGUUGGGCGUUUGAGUCGGGAGGAGUUUGUUGUUGGAAUGUGGCUCAUCGAUCAACGAUUGAAAGGAAGGAAGCUACCAGUCAAGGUCACAGAGAGCAUUUGGGCCAGUGUCAAAAGCUUGCAGGGGAUAAAGAUUAGAAAGUGA